AUGCUCUUUGACUACUAUAACUACCAGAAUGCGCUGCGUCCUGAUUCCGUCCAUGCCACCUACUUGGUCUCUGGAGUCAAGGAUGCCCUACCGCAGCCCGAUAUGGAUGUUGAGAUGGACAACUCUCAGCCCGAUGAUCUCACUGACAAGGUCCCUACAAUGACAAUGACUCUUGUCAGUGAUGACAAACUCAAAGGAACGCUCUCGCAAUACAGCAAAGUCAUAGCCAUCCAUAUUUACAGCUUGGCCCCCAACCCGCAAAAAGACUAUGUAUUGUUGGCCGAUGUGGCUAAAUCCAUUUCUGAGUACUCUACAAGCGAGGAUGCUGCCACCCUGUCUAAGAAAUACGGUACCAUCUACAAUCCUCACACCCGGCGGAGAGAACGCAAAAAGGGUGUCCCUGCGCCGCCCCCUGCACCAAUCGUCGCUAAAAAGACAGAACCUACCGCAAAACCUGUCGCAAAUCCCACUCCUGCUCCAGCUCCCGUGAAGAAGGAACCAGCCCCGAGCGCGGCAGUAAAGCGAGAGACCCCGUCAUCCAGCUCCACAAAGAGCGCGCCGCCCCCCAAAAAGGGUAGCGCCGGCGGUAUCAUGCAGUCCUUUGCCAAGGCGGCGUCUAGGCCGCCAAAGCCCAAACCGGCUGUGAAGAAGGAAGAGGAUGCAACCAUGGCUCUUAGCGAUGAUGGCGAAGCUGAUGCUGACGAUAUGCCUGCUCCCAAGAAGACUGUUGCUGAGACGGAUUCCUUGCGGCAAGCAAAGAGAAAACGCACAGACGACCUGCGACGUAUGAUGGACGAGGACGAUGAGGAGGAAGAGGAGGAUGAGGAGGAGGAGGAGGAAGAAAACGAGCCAGAAGAUGCCGAGAUGGAAGAGCCCGAACCUGAACCCGAACCCGAACCAGAGCCGGUCAAGGAAGAAAAGAAAGAGCCAGAGGAGGUCGCCGCUACCUCAUCGAAUGGCCGUCGGCGUGGUAAGCGCCGCGUGAUGAAGAAGAAGCGAAUCUUGGACGACCAAGGUUAUAUGGAUUCUAACAGAGAACCAGUUACCAUCCAAGAGGCCGCAUGGGAGUCAUUUUCGGAGGACGAGACGCCUGCGUCGACGAAGAAGGAAAAAACAAGCUCUACACCCGCGUCUUCUGCUGCAAAACCAAAGAAACCGUCAGCAGGUAAAGGCUAUCAAGGAAACAUCAUGUCGUUCUUCGGGAAGAAAUAG